ACCAGACAUUGGAUACAGACAACAACAGUGACAGAUCAAGACCGCAUUUCUGUUUGCAACCAGCUAUGGGUGUAGUCUGAAAAGUGGAUACAGUAGCGCACCGCAAUAUACCUCGAAGUUUUAUCCUCAUGAAGGAGCUCCGUCCUGGCUGAGUUUGGGAGAUGGGAGUACUCAACAUUGCAGACCAGCCUCCUCUGGUCCAGGCCAUCUUCAAUCGUAAUGCUGAAGAAGUUCAACUAUUAUUGCACAAAAAGGAGGAUGUCAAUGCACUGGACCAAGAGCGCCGUACGCCACUUCAUGCUGCUGCCUGUGUGGGUGACGUCCAUAUAAUGGACCUCCUCAUUGAAUCAGGUGCCACUGUAAAUGCUAAAGACCAUGUAUGGUUGACCCCGUUGCACAGGGCGGCUGCUUCCAGGAACGAAAGGGCAGUGGGUCUGCUGCUGAGGCGUGGAGCAGAGGCAAAUGCACGAGACAAGUUCUGGCAGACACCACUGCAUGUGGCUGCUGCCAACCGUGCCACACGCUGCGCAGAGGCCCUGCUGACCCAGCUGAGCAACCUGAACAUGGCAGAUCGCACCGGCCGAACUGCCCUGCACCACGCAGCUCAGAGUGGGUUCCAGGAGAUGGUGAAGCUGCUGCUGAACAAAGGGGCCAACCUGAGUGCCAUCGAUAAGAAGGAAAGACAGCCUAUCCAUUGUGCUGCUUACUUGGGGCAUUCAGAGGUUGUGAAGUUGCUGGUGUCCCGCAGUGCAGACAAGAGCUGCAAGGAUAAGCAGGGCUACACACCUCUCCAUGCUGCUGCUGCAAGUGGUCACAUCGAAAUUGUAAAGUACCUACUGAGGAUGGGGACAGAGAUUGAUGAGCCCAAUGGCUUUGGAAACACUGCGCUCCAUGUGGCUUGCUACAUGGGUCAGGAGGCUGUGGCCACCGAGCUGGUGAACCAUGGAGCUAAUGUUAACCAGCCCAACAAGUGCGGCUACACCCCUCUGCACCUGGCUGCCGUCUCCACCAACGGUGCCCUCUGUCUGGAGUUGCUGGUCAACAACGGGGCAGAUGUCAACCAGCAGAGCAAAGAAGGGAAGAGCCCCCUGCACAUGGCAGCCAUUCAUGGACGCUUCACACGCUCUCAGAUCCUCAUCCAAAAUGGUGGGGAAAUUGAUUGUGUGGAUAAGUAUGGCAAUACUCCUCUCCACGUUGCUGCUAAGUACGGCCAUGAACUGCUGAUCAGCACUCUGAUGACCAACGGAGCAGACACGGCCAGACGUGGGAUCCAUGGAAUGUUCCCCUUGCACUUAGCUGUGUUGUACGGGUUUUCAGACUGUUGUCGCAAGUUACUCUCCUCAGGUCAGCUGUAUAGUAUAGUUUCAUCCAUGAGUAAGGAGCAUGUACUUUCGGCUGGGUUUGACAUAAACACCCCUGACAACUUUGGGAGGACCUGUCUACACGCUGCUGCCUCUGGAGGAAAUGUUGAAUGUCUGAACUUGCUCCUAAGUAGCGGUACCGACUUGAAUAAGAGGGACAUAAUGGGAAGGACACCGUUGCACUAUGCGGCUGCUAAUGGGAGGUACCAGUGCACUGUGACCCUGGUGAGCGCUGGCGCUGAGGUCAACGAGCCUGACCAGACGGGCUGUACUCCCCUGCACUACUCUGCCGCCUCCCAAGCCUUCAGCAGAGUUGAUCGUCAUUUUUCUGGGAACCAUCAGAAUGAUGAGGAUGAGGCGAAGGAGUCGUACUUCUGCUUGGAGCAUCUUUUGGACAAUGGUGCUGAUCCAUCGAUGGUCAACUCAAAGGGUUACAGUGCUGUUCACUAUGCAGCUUACCAUGGCAACAAACAGAACCUGGAGCUGCUCCUGGAGAUGUCCUUUAAUGCGCUAGGAGACAUAGAGAGCAGUAUUCCAGUCAGUCCACUGCAUCUUGCUGCUGAUAAGGGCCACUGGCAGGCGCUGCGUGUGCUGACGGAGACCGCAGCCUAUGUGGACAUGCAGGACGCUGCAGGGCGUUCUGUGCUCUACUUGGCUGCCCAGAAAGGCUACGCCCGCUGUGUGGAGGUGCUGUUGGCUCAGGGGGCUUCCUGUCUCCUCAAUGACAACCGCCUCAUGUGGACUCCAAUUCAUGUUGCAGCUUCCAAUGGUCACUCAGACUGCCUGCGCAUGAUGAUUGAUUAUGGGGAGGAGGGGGAUCUCACCAACGUUGCAGACAAAUUUGGCCAGACCCCUUUGAUGCUAGCUGUUCUGGGAGGUCACACUGACUGUGUCCACUUCCUGUUAGAGAAGGGUGCCUUGCCAGAUGCAAAGGACAAGAGGGGCAGCACAGCUUUGCACAGGGGGGCGGUGUUGGGCCAUGAUGACUGUGUGACAGCCCUGCUGGAGCACAAAGCUUCUGCACUGUGUCGGGACAUCCAGGGUAGGACACCGCUGCACUACGCUGCAUCCAGAGGCCACAUGGAGAUCCUGGCCAGUCUGGUGCAGGCCGCCAUGGCAACAGACCCACAAGAUAAACUGCUGGACAACAAACAAUACACCCCAUUACACUGGGCUGCUUACAAAGGGCAUGAAGACUGUUUGGAGGUUUUACUUGAAUUCAAAACAUUUAUCCAUGAAGAGGGAAACCCUUUCACCCCCCUGCACUGUGCUCUGAUGAAUGGCCACAGCGGUGCUGCAGAGAGGCUGCUGGAGUCUGCUGGGGUCCACAUGAUUAACACCAGAGAUGCCAAAGGAAGGACCCCACUGCAUGCUGCUGCAUUUGCCGAGGAUGUUGCGGGACUUCAGCUGGUGCUUCGCCAUGGAACAGAGAUCAAUGCAGUGGACAACAGUGGACGCUCUGCUCUGAUGGUGGCUGCUGACAAGGGACACAGUGGCACCGUGGCUAUCCUCCUUCACCGGGCCAAGGCUGACCUGACACUGCUGGAUGAGAACAAGAACACUGCCCUGCACCUGGCCUGCAGCAAGGCUCAUGAGAUGUGUGCCCUGCUGAUUCUGGGGGAGAUCCACAGUCCCACACUUAUAAAUGCCACCAACAGCGCUCUGCAAAUGCCCCUCCAUCUUGCAGCACGUAAUGGCCUGGCUACGGUGGUGCAGGCACUGCUGAGUAGAGGAGCCACUGUGCUGGCUGUGGAUGAGGAAGGCCACACUCCAGCGCUGGCCUGUGCUCCUAAUAAGGAUGUGGCAGACUGCCUGGCUCUGAUCCUCUCUACCAUGAAGCCUUUCCCCCAGCGGGACCCUUCCUCCUGCUCCUGCUCCUCCCCCACCGUCUCCCCCUCCCCGGGUCUCAACUUGCUGAAGCACUGCGGCAUCACCGCCACCUGCGCCCCCCUGCCCAGCAACGGCCUCCACAACGGCUACGUCAAAGACCGUCACGGUGCACCGGUUGGCCUGGACGGGUGUCUGUCUGAGUGAGGUCACGCGCCCCCCUCAGCCAGCUGCUAUCACCAUCAUCACCACCAGGGGGGGACUCCCUUUAACAUGGCCCAGAGGACCAGGAGAGCACCCACCCACAUGUCUGUUCUCUGUGUAUGUAUGUGUUUGUGUGUCUGUGUGUGCGUGAGUGUUUGGUCUUCUCUUGAGGUGCAGUCAAACCUAAUAUGCAAUUAGAUCCCAUUCCUCCAUCUCCUAGUAGUGCUUAAUACGUAGAGGCGGAUUGCUCUACAAGGUCACUGGGAUGAAGUGUGGCAUCCAAAACAAACACUAGCAAUCUGGCCAUCUCGAAAUCAUUUAACCCUUUAAAACCAUGUCGACAUAAUUAUAUAACCGACAUCUAAGAGCAUGGAAAUCUCUGUAUCUUUCUCGUCAUAUCACUCAAUAUAAAAGUCAUAUCAUGUUUAAUCAGUUGUGGUGACCUUGUAGAGGAACGUACAGCCUUCCCAAAAGAAUGAUCAAAGAGUUUCUUUGUUUGUUUUUUUGAUUAUUUUUUCUCUUUAUUUUUUUGUUUUUGUUUUUAAUUGUCCGUUAGCCUAGAUUUUUAUGAAGGAACCACACAAGGGAAAAAUCUAAAAUUUUUUGCUUAAGAGUGCAAUGCUUGUGUACUACAGUACAACCUGAAAUUUGGAAAAGGGUCACAAAGAUGUUAAUUCCAUAGUGUACUUUAAAUGUACGGCCGAGAAUCGUUUGGCAUUUUACGAUAAUUUGGUGAUGCUGCUGAAUACAUUAGCAUGUCUCCUUCCAAAGGAGAGCCAUGUUCGGGUCGGCAUUGUUAACAUCGAUUUGUUCUUAAUGCUGACUUCAUGUUUUAAAGAUGCUAAAUAAGUGUUUGUUAAGCUAGAAUGUUUCUAAGCAUAUAACUUAUGACCAAAGUUGAUCAACACUAUUAUGGCUAUAAAUUAUUUAUUUGAGAUGAACUGUACUGUAUAGAGAAAGACAAUAGAUCUUGAUAUACCUCGUCAACUCGUUUAGCAGCUGCUUCAUCUUCACCCAGGGUCCGUAGGCCUAAUGUUCUCUUUUUGUAGGACUGGAGAACUACUGUAGGAUAGUGACUGACUGAGGCCUUGUUUAUUUCUAGAUGAAGGCUUUACUAGUAAUAUCUGCCAACAACACCUCAUCAAAGCAUCAUAUAUCUGAGCACAUAAAUGAACAAGCCAUUUCAAUUUAUUUCCCAUCUCUUUAACAGUGUUUUUUGGAACAGAUUUCAGAAUUCGAAUGGCCUAAUUAUCGAAAGAGAGCAAUCAGUUUUGGUUUUUAGGCACUCAUGACGUGUUUUUUUUUCUUUUGUUGUUGUUCUUUGUGUUACUGAAGUUGAACCGGCCAUCAGCUUUGAACGAGCUCACUAAAGGAGUGUUUCUCUGAGCUGGUGAACUAGUCUUAAACAUCUAAUAGCUUCAACUUCUCGGUGGUCAACUCAGAUCAAUUUGAACAGAUAAGAGUAUUGUCUGCUAUUUUUUAUUGGGCAGUUUUCAAGCAAUAUUUUCUUUUGGCCUUUUUUUUGUUUAUUGAAUAGACAAUCACUGUCACAAGGGCUUUUGUUUCCCUGGAAUGUGUUUGAUUUUUUUUUUCCUUUUUAUUUUUUCGUUUUUAUUAUUUCAUGAAAAAUUUACCUAAAGACUAAACGAAUGGCUCUGUGUGUGCCGGGCAUUUUACUGUCAGUGUCAACACAAAUGCACUGGAUCGCCUUUAUGGCAUCUCAUGAAAUGCCUUUUGACCCAUGCCUUCCGUAACACAUCAUUUCAGUUGGAUUGCGUAAUGGCAGAGUACGAUGAGCCCUGAGACUGAUUAUCUUUCCACCCGUUUGAUCGCAACAGCAUUGAACCACAGUUGCACCCAUAGUAUCUAGUGGGAGAAAAGAAAAAAUCUGCUCGGCGUAUCUUUAUAUGUCCCGGCAUUAUCAAUGACCAGGGAGUUGGUAUCCCUUAUAGAGGCAAAUAGGGCUAAGAGGAAAAGGAGAGGGAUCUUUGCUUAGGCCAAUACCUGUUGUUUAGAUUUCAGGAAUAGCAGAAAUCCAAAUAUGUGCUUUUUUUGGUGUUCAUUUUUUUGUCUCCUCAUCCCAUUUCUGGUACUAAAGAUGAUUGUAUCGGACCACUAGAGCUGUUUGUGACUUUUAGAUGUUAUAUCUAUGCUAUUUUGUUGUUUUUUUUAGACCAUCUGCUGGUGGUUAAAUUACACUGAGUCAGAUUGUUUUCAUUGGUGUGAUAACUUCAUAUCCACUGGUAAUGAAGUGGCACAAUUGCACACAUUAGUUGACUGGAUGAGAGAUGAGGACCUAGACUAGGCGAUGUUAAAUAUCCCCUGCGAAAAAAAAAAGUCUUUUCACGUUGUCGCAUUUUCCUAAAGUCCAUUUCAGAGCGGUGACUUCUCCGAGUCAGUGCUGUAGAUUCGUAGUUUCGAUUGACCUCCAUAACUGACUGAAAUGAAAUGGAACUAAUUGGUGAUCCCCAGCCUUUGUUCUCCUGAUCAAUUUAUAAUUUUCACAAGAACACUUGUAUUAGUAUUAACAUUAGGGUUAGGUACAUAACUUUUUUUUUGUAAUCUCAGGAUCUGUGCUGAAGCAGCAGGCAGAAUUUAUUAAUCCAAUCAGAUCUCAGCAGGAUGAUUAUGUCUACAUUUUUUCUGAUGGGAUGUUCCAUGAUUUAAUUCCUUUUUAACCCUAAUCCCACAGCACUUAAUUAGAUAGUCAAGCACGCACUUUAGUACAUUCAGGUUCUAAGUGUGCAAAAUGGAGCAGAUGUAAUGUAUGUACUUAUGUUUACAUGCAUGUGUGUUGCUGCUGAAUACAGGAAGGUAGGGUUGCAAAAGGCAAGCGAAGGCUGCAACAAAAUUGUACUCUAACAAUGCAUUAUUUAAAAAAAAAAAGAAAAAAAAAAAGACAAAGUGUCUUCGGGACAGUGUCCACUGCCCACUGACUUUUUUUGUGUGUUAUCUAUUUCUGGGCAUCGGGCCCAUAAAAGUGACAAGGUUACAUUACCCAGCCUACUGUUAAUAAUACAGAGCCUAAGUCACUUAAAGUCAGUCCAGUGAUUCAACAGACACCUCAGGCAGGCUUCUCAAAAUACUCUACAUACACUCUCUGCCAUCUGUAGGUGCUGUCAGACCGGUCUGUUCGGGCAGGGAUUUUUUUUUUCUCUUGUGAUGUCCUUAUCUGACCAGUAAACGGAGCCAUUGCCCCUGCGACUAUACAAAUUGUAACUGAAUCCUUUUGUUGUAUCACAGUAUUCUUAUACAUGCUUUUUUUAUUUGUGUGUACCAGUGAUAACUUGAGUGAUUGUGCAUGGAGCUAGAUCACAAUUUUGAUAUAGUGACGAUUUAAGCAAGCGGAGCAUAUAUACAAUAUAUCUGGUGUCAGAAACGGAAAGCAAUGAAAGGUCCAAUUGUAGCAAUAGAGAGUGUGUGUAAUAGUGUGCAGCACAAAUAUUGCACUGCCAUCCAUUUAGGCCAAUUCAGUAAAUCAUAGCAUAAAUGCCAAUGGAAGAUUUAAAUGCGGGUUAGAUGUUAUAAUCUUUGGUCACAAAUAAGGCCUGUUUGCCAAAAUGUGUCGAGAGGGGAAACCUCUUAGAAAAGCAGCAAUGGAUUUAUGCAUAUGUUCAAGCAGUUUACAGUCUGACCAUCAAAUCUGAGCCAUGAAUUUUCUGACUGAAAUGAAUGUAGGGUCAGUUUAGAGCAGGACAAUUUACUUUCUCCCGACUUUAAACUGUUGCUCUUCAUUUGUCUUGCGUAGAUAUGAUUAUACAGGUAGCAUGUAAUAACCUAAUUCUCUACAUAUUAUACAGUAUGUGUAGUAGUCUUCCUGCAUUGAGGGUCUGGAUAGUUUUUUUUGGCAUUAUUGUUGGAGUAUAGGCCUCCUGUUGUUGAAUAAUAUCACUCUUCUUUCUCUAUACAUAUAUAUUUGUGUGGAGUGUAGCCUACAAGGUAAACAGAGGACAAGAGUUCAGAUGAAUUUAACAUUCACGUUCAUCCAUUCCAUUGAGAUUGCCUUACAGUACAGUAAAACAAGAGGGACAAAAAGGUCUACAGUAGAUAUGAUCACACAUACUCGUAAAAUAGCCUAUAUUUGACAAAAAUGCACCUAAGCUACACCCAUUUAGUGCCAUAGAAACCUUUAUUUGCCUUUAGACAUAAAUCAUACUUGGUCAGUAACUUAUUCAGAAGUAGGCAGGAUUAUUACAGUUUUGUGUUUGGAGCUGCAUGUCUUUUCACCAAUUAUACUAGUCAAAGAAAAACUAUAUAAAUAUUUGCAUGGGAUAUUAGUACUUAAAUGCAAGUAUUCUGUUGAAAUUUGGUGUUGGUAGAAGUCUAUUGUAUAAUUGGACAUUUUUGAAGAACAUAGUUAGUCCCUUUGGUAUUGGCAAAGCAAUCCCUUGGUUGUGUGUUUGUUUAACAAGACGGUUUAUAAUGUGUGUGUGUGGAAAAAAAUAACAUUUUUGAUGUCCAAAAAAAAGCAUGGUAUAUACAGUAUAGAAUUGAUUUGCCUCAAUGGAUGUCUCGGUUCUUACUUGAAGUAAAUGGCAAAUUUCAAUUCAACUCUCUGAUCCACUGUUGAGCCUUUUGCCUUAAAAGCUGAAAAAAGGAAAUGAUACCUGGCAGUACCUGAUAAGUUGCAUCACCUGUAGAGUUAUGCUACUUGGUUGGAUUGCUAAAAAAAAGAAAAGAUUCUUGGCUAAUUUUGGUCUUACAGACAUCGCUGGGUGUCGAGAAGCACACAAAUCAAUUGAGGUAGCACAUAGCUCAAGGUUGCCAUGGUGCAGAGAUUGUCGUGAGAGGUUAGGAUAUCGCCAUAUUUGCCACUGUGAAUGAAUGAAUUCAGAAUUCACUCGUAAACAAUCAACUUUGGCUUCUCCGUCAUCCAGAGCCAAAUGACACUGGGGAUAAAAGUGGUGUACCUCAAAAAAAAGGAAAAAAAAAGUCGGACGGAAAGGAAAAUCCUUAUGAAAAAUGCUUGUACAGCUAUGCUAACAAAGAGUUAAAAUCUUGUGGUCCAUCUUGUCGUGGGUAGUGUAAUUCUGCUUAAACCAGCCUAAAUCAGAGAUGUAUCUACGCGGAAGUGUUAGAUUAGUGUCGGCUGAUGUCUCAUGUUUCCUACCUUACAGAGGGGCAGCCAACUGCACCUUGUACUUUUUAUUGGACCUGCAGUUUUACCUCAUCAGUGAUCUUUAUGUGUGAUGACGCUGACAUUUAUCCUCUGUGAUUUCUCCUUGUUUCUCCUGAUGCCAGUCGUGUAGAUUUCUCUCUUAUAGUGUGUGUGUGAGUGACUUUUCAAAAUAUGCAUGUCGAACCUAAACAUGCACAAACAUGCCCUUUUUUUAAAAACAGAAAAGCAUAGUUAACCCUAUUUAACGUGUUUCUCUUCAUUACAACUAAGAUGUUAUCUGGUGCAAGUCAUUUAGGGUGAAGGGUGCAGUCUAAUUCAAGGUGGGAAAUGAAGGUAGCUAUAAAACUUUACCUCUGUAAGUCAAAACAAUACAAUUUGACUGUAUGACUAAUGCUAGUUUGACCGCCUUCCCUGCCUGAACACUUGGUUAUUAAUUUCCCCCCCACCACCAAUAGGACCUGUGUAAUAUCAAGCACAGUGGUGGCAUGGUGCCUUUUAUUCAUUACUACCGAAAGGUACGGUCUUCCAUUUGUAUUUCCCAGAAGCCUUAUAAUGGGAAAAAGAAAUUACACUGAAAGUACACGACUACAGUAGAUCGGCUCUUAUUCCCUCUGAGCGUGAUUAUUUCAGCCCUACAUGAUCUGAGAAAAAAAAGCCUAAAUAACUCCUUCUGUAUUAGUCUGGAUUUCAUGACGCAUUUCCAGUGACUGAGUGCUCCCUUUUGGGUGGCAGAAUAAAUUGCACAUUACUGAUGCGAUUUAGGGCACAUCAAACACUGAACGGAUGGGGAUCAAUAGUACGAAAGCACAAAUCCAAAGAAGGCACCUCGGGGCUCAGUUGGCUUUCGCAACACCAAGGAGUGAAGGAGCCUAUAGACCAAAUUUAGGCAAAGAGGAAAAACAUCCACCUCCUCUGAGUGCAGAGAACAUGAGGUUUGAUUGUCAGUAACACAUUAACUGUAGAAAGACCAUCGUCUGGAGUUUCAGAGCUUUGUUCUGAUUGUUCUUCUCAACUCUUUGGUAUUCAUCGACAAUUAGUAAACUUCACAAGCCAAAUUGUGAAACGAUGCGGUACCUGCGUUUCAAGAUCAAGUUUAGGCUGUUUGUUGUGACUGUGUUGCAAAUUGAUUGUAGAGACUGCUUUGUGUUAUUUAGGGUAGACUGACUACAAGUAGGGUUGCAGUAGUAGCUGUGUGCAGUGUUAAUAACAGUGUGAUCAUACUAUAGAAGUGACGUAACAUUUGUUGUCUUACCACGACAUUAAGGCAUGAAUCAUCUUCUCUCAAGCUGACCUCGUUUGAAAUAGACAAAAGAUAAAAAGUGCAAUAACCUUUUGUUUAUCAUUGCUUCCUCUGUUGAAAAAAAAAACUAUUUAAUAUGCCCUUUUUUGUUAACACCAAAAGUCACUCAUCUGUAGCAAAUGAAGGAUUUCAAGUCGUCCUUUUGUUUGUGUUCAGAGAGGUGGCGUUUGAUAGUGUGAGUGUUUGAUAUUCCAUUCUUAAAACUGUGAUCAAUAUCCGACUUCAAAAGCUGCCUGCUCAGAACGGACUGUGCACAAGUUGACUGAUAGAUUUGAGUAGGUGCGGUUGUUUUUUUUUCAUCCUUAAGGAUGGACUUUGAUGGUAUUGUAGUUUGGACUUCUGGUUUAUAGCCGGUAGACAUGUUCAUUUGCAUGUGUAGAUGUGUAUAUGCAUCCUCUUCCUCCUUGAAUGAAAUGUUUUCUCAAAAAUAUUUAGACCUGCUGUCAGUGACGUAUGCGGAUAAAAGGAAAUAUGAAAUGCCUUAUAUUUGUUUUUAAUGUUAAGCAUUAAGGGUUCUUACGUGUCCCUCCCUUUUCAGCGUGUAGCCUAAAGCGUGUACAGUUAAGAAACUCAUGAGAUUUAUAUCUACUGUAUAGCCUAUGUGUUUUCAGAAUUUGUUACUUGGAGGUCCUGUGAUUGUGGUUUUAGAGAAACAUUCCCCUUUGAAAGUGCCGUUUGUUUUCACCAGCAGAGGAUGUGUCUUGGGGGGGAAAAAAAUGUAAUUACACAAAGGAAAACAAAUGUUAGGAACACUUUCCAGUGUUUACUAUUGAACCUGUUGAAGUGAAUGACACAGGUGAAAUAAGGCAGCAAUCUUCUGAUGGAGCACCUUAUAGACGAGCUCCGUCUGUGAGCCCACGAUGGAAAUAGUCUCACACCGAGCUUGAUUACUCUAAAGCAGAGCCAUAUCAGAGAAUUUGCCCAUUAGGAGCCCCCUUGAAUGUGCUAUUAGGAAUAGCCUACUGUAGGAAAGGAUGUAAUUCUGCAUGUUCUGUGAUUUUUUUAGUAGUGGGUAGUCCCUUUUCAUGUUUUUAUGUUUAGUCCGCUUCACUGUAGAUGUUGCCACCUCAUUGCAACUCACAAGCUAUUAACAAUCCUCUCACAACUGGACUUAAAGCAGGCAUUGAUCUGCUGCUGAGGCAGCCUUAAUUCAUUGCAAAUUGAAAAAAAAAAGAGAUGAUAAUGGGUUGCCUGUUUUACUUUGAGUGGCUUAUCUGGGGAAAUACAAAGGAGCCCUUAUCAUGAGGGGAAGGACUCUGAAUCAGGGCAUGUGAUGAGUUACAAUCAAUAGUUUCACAGUGCACCUUCAAAAAAAACAUUUAAAAGUUGGCUCGUCUGCCCGACAUUCCAAAGUUGAUUUUCAUUUUCCACAGUCCUGUCCCGCUGAUUUGAGGAAACCUUUUUUUUUUUCUUUGCUUUUGCUGGUGAAUGAAGUGGGCAUGUGUGUCAAUGACAGGGUUCCCUAUUUAGCCUAACGCUGAUUACCUCAUUUACAAAUCUGCAAAUAUACUAUUCUACUGUGUGUAAAGGAGUCAAUGCCAUCACCAGCAGCGUGGUCUCUACACCUGUGAUGACAACAGGACCAAUGAAGUUACUCUGUUGAAAUUAGCCAAUUUAGAAUAUGACCAGUCUGGAAAUAUAGGGUUAAGACACUUUUUUUUUCCUUUUUUUAAGACAGAAUGGGCCUCCAAGAUUUCUUCAGUUAGUAAAUCACCACAGCUGCUACACCAGUCUGUAUCUGGAGCCAUCAGGAAGAGACAGAUAACAUUGUCCCAUUAAAGGUCCAGUGUGUAGGACGUAGGGGGAUAUAUUGGCAGAAAUUUAAAAUAUGAUAAGUAUGUUUUUGUGUGUAAUCACCUGAGAAUUGUUGUUUUUUCGGUACCUUAGAAUGAGCCAUUGAUAUCGACGUAGGGAGUGGGGGCGCAAUUGUUCUACAAUAGCCCAGAAUCGUCAAACCAGACACCGACUAGAUAGAGCCAUUCACGUGUUUGCGUCGGCCACCGUAGUUAGCAGCCCCUCCAUGACGAGGGGACGAGUGUAAUUGCUAUACUCCUUUAAUUAAUGUUUUUACCGGUUUAAAUCACCUCGUCCGUUUUUUUCAAAGAGGGAGAGACCUCUGUGGAUAAUUCGUCUCCCGAAUAACCUCCUCACCGUCUGGAUCUUAAGGCUCAGACAUACUUUCCGCAUUGAAUGUCCGUCAACAGCUGAGAUUUCGCGGAUGUGCACAGGGUUUUAUUAUAGUACAAUUGACGGUCUGUGUCAGCCCCCUGUCGUAAACAGGAGGGCUGCGAGGUGAGCUUGCCAUCCUCUUACUGCAGACAACCGGUAAAAGUGAAACCAAACAGCGCUGCUGGGUGUGGAGUGAAUGUCUGUCGAAUAUCCAACUUAAAAGUAUCUUCACCGUGAUGGGGCAGCUGUGGCUGGUUUGACAGCAGUGUUUUGGACUGGACUGGAGGGUGGAAAGUCAUCGUCUGUGCCCUCCACGAGUACAGUCUGCGCAGUCUCAAAAAAUGGGCUGCAGGUGGGCGUCCGCAUAGGGUCCGUACAGACCUUCGCAGACAGGGUGGAUGACGACAUUUACGUCACCUAGACCAAAGUGGAAACUUCUGGACAUAGACAUGAAAAUUAUGAAUUGGCCAUGAAGUUAUUCGAGAAUAAAGGUGCGCACACAUUAGCAAGUGCUGGGCUAGCGGCCCGUCUCCGACAUGCCAAAUAGCUUUGGAGAAACACUGAUUUCUAACAUGAAACUGCUUAGUUCAGUGUUUUUAUCCGUUUGAAACACCUGGUCCGUUCGUUUUGGAGAGGAAGAGACCUCCGCAGAUAACUCGGUUCCAUGGAAAAAAAAAAAAAAAACCUGAACAAUAAAUAUUGAAGGAAUUCUAACUAAGAGAAGUUUAGCAGGGUGCAAUCUGCAGUCCUCACCACUAGAUACCACUAUAUCCCCCUAAAUCUUACACACUGGACCUUUAAUUUGGAGGUCAACUCAUGAUUACAUGAUUUUUUAAAGAAGGUGAAAAGUCUAACAUGACAGUUGUUACACACUGCUCCGUGAACGCUGACUGGAAUAGCAACUGUCGGCACUAGCCUGGUUCAAGAAGUCGAGCCGAAGCCUGGUGUAUCUCACGAUUAUUUAAGUGAACGAUCAUGUUAGCAUCACUUGCUGUUUUUCAGUAGCAUUUCUCCUACCUCCUUGUUUUGCAGCCUUGAGUAUUGUUUGUCUCUCCACCUGUUCUGACUAAAAAAAAAAAAAAAGAAGUCUAUUGACAGUACGGGAAUACAGAUUUAUCAUAAGCAAUGGUAGUUAUACAUAAGAAGUGUGCUUGGUUGUGCUGUAUGUGUAUAUGUCUAUUUGACGUUGAAAAAAAAAUAUUUAUGAGAAGCAUUUAUACGACAAAAUACCACUGGAAUGUGAAGCCAGACAAUGUUAUGAUGCAGAUUAUGAUGAUAGUCUAUCCCCUUUAACAUUCAGUGGCGAAUGGUCAGAGGAUUCUUUUUCUUUUGGAGAUAAGUAACCAUGCAUUGGCUUUUUAUUUAACAACAUGUAUUUCUUUGGUUUCCUCUUGUGCGUAUACUUCCCUGUCUAGCCCUAUAGUAUGCAUCAUUUCAACGUUUACAGCUUCAUUCUGGGUCAGCCAUUGAUUGCCCUGCAGUUGUAAUAAUACCACAGGUUGUCACAAGGAAGAUAGUAAAGGUGGAUUUGUAAUUCUGUACGAGCCGUAUGCCUUCGAAUCCAUUUGUCCACUCCGAACCAAAUUCUGCUACAUAGGCAUCUUUCUCCACACUGCCCCGACACUUUACAUUCAGUUUAACUACAAGGGGUACAGGACAAGGUGAAAGGUUUGAGGUUUUCCGACCAGGGCCCCCCACCAACCCACCCACCACCUAAUCCAGGACAGGACCAGCCCCACCCCAACCCCCGUCACCCGCCCACCCACUGUCUCACCUAAACCUCAAGCCAUUCAUUUUUCUGUUUUUGUUUUUUCGACAAUGCAAUCCUGAAAGCACUUUGCCUUGUUAUUCCUUUGUGUGAACAUGUGAAUGAUGAUUUGUUACAAAAAUGUUAAAUAUGUAAAAGAUCAUUCACUGUUUUGGAAAAACCUGCAUCUGUCUUUCUGACAUUAAAAGAAAAAAAAAAACAAUUUAGUGACAUUAAACCUGAAUCUAUUUUAUAAAAUGUUUGCUGCAGCCAAUUGGUCUUGUCAUUCAGUAUUGUGGCUUAGGGUUGUUUGUGUUCAAUAAAGUGCUAUUGCUAAAUA